UAAAGCUAUUGUAUACUUCAAAGUACAAUUCUGAAAUCAAGGAAAAAAAAGCUUACGAGUAUGCAAUGCCAUAACCAGAUAAGAAACCAUUGAACCAUAACUCAAUAUGCAAUGCAACGUUUACCUCGUAAUUUAUUUGAACUAUUUGAAAUCAAGGAACUAUAGCAGCAUGGAAAUUGGCUUAUAACCACUUCCAAUGAUUAGGCAAGGCAAAACUUAUGGAUGGCGUAAACAGAGAAUGUCACUAAACAUGUUCACUGGAAAAAGUGUUCAAGAAAGUAUAAGGGUGUGUCAGUUUAACAAUCGCCUUCAACGACGUGGCUAGUUAGGAAGGUCUCCAGAAACCCAAACUGGCCAAUUUGCCAGUCAAGAUUGGAAUGCCAUGGAUAUGGUUAGACAAAAAAGCAAAGGAUAAAUGUAGAGAUAUGUAGGGAAACCAAUGAAGAAAGAUACUUAACUUCCCAGCGGUUUUCGUGUACUGAACUCUUUUGUACAAUCAUUGUCAGAUUCUUUCAUAACAGCCUUAAUCUACUUAGAUUUCCAAAGCAAUGUUUUUUAAGUGAAUGUAAAUUCCCCCAGGGUCCCAUUUUGCUUUACACUUUAAAGCUCCCUCCAAAUCCCAAUAAGUGAUAUAUAACAGGACUAUAUCUACAGGGAGGAACACACACAAAAAUCAGAACUCAGAAGGGGCCAUAAUCUCAUAACUCCUAACCCUCUCUCAUUUCUUUGAAGAAAAGAAAGAUACUCUGAAUCUUCUUGUCUGCCUAAGAGCAGAAAUGUUGGGUUCCAGUACAAGAUCGAUGCUUUUUCUUCUUGUCUGCAUAGGAUUGCUAGCAGACAACAGAUAUAAGGUCUCAGCCAUGAGACAUACAGAGUAUUUCCUCAGACAAACACAAACAGAUAAAGCGAGAGUUCAGCCAGGUGAAAUUGCUAAGCACAGGAGCAUCGGCUUUCAAUUCAAACACACCCUUGAAGAUCAAGGAACGCUCAGGAAAAACAGGCGAGUUCUUGAGGAAGUAAACAAGAAUAAAGUCAAAGAUGAAGAGACGCAAGAACAAAAGAAUAAGACGGGUGAUGACUCAUUCCAAGCAAGCAAGAGACGUGUAAGACGAGGAUCAGAUCCUAUCCACAACAAAGCCCAGCCAUUUUCUUGAGCGGCACAAGAGAAAUCAAAUACAGAAAAGGCAAUAUACUAUAGAAAUGCAAGAAGAAAAAAAACAAAGGGCAGAACAAUCAAAUCAACCUUAUCAAGCUGGAGGUAGGUUACUCGGGUUUAUUUUUCAAGUAUAGGGUUUUGAUAAAAACACACAAUCUUGUGCAGUUGAAGUCAUCAUCAGAAUGCAGAACAGCAUUGUCUGUUCAGAUACACCAAGAGAAUACACAUUUGUUUUAAGUAGUCUUCACUCUUUUGUUUGCAUCAGUUUCUCGACAAUUCGGUAUAAAAUUUUUGCUC